AUGGCGUUACCUGAAACACCAUUCUACUAUGCACCAAACAAUGCACUCUUGGACUUCUACAAACAGUCUGAUGUAGCCAUCACUACACCGAUACCAGAACUCACUGAAUUCACUGCCUGUGUGUGGAUCAACUCCAUUGACAACAAGGUAGCAUUAUUCUCUUACGCUAUAAGUGAUACAGAACUCAAUGAGAUACUAGCCUGGAAUCUAAUUAGUCCCAAACUGGAUAUCAAAGACGAACGUUUCGGGGUGUCUCAAACAGCAGUGAACGAUGGUAAGUGCCACCAUCUGUGUUUCACCUGGACGUCCUCUACUGGUCGCUGGGAGAUAUAUAUUGAUGGUAAUUUGGAUGAUUGGGGCUAUAAAGGACAGGGGAGCACGAUCAAAGGAAAUGGUGUUCUCGUACUUGGUCAGCGUCAGGAUCUUUUAAGAGGAAGAUAUGUCGCAGGUCGAGCGUUUGUUGGAUGGAUGACGAAAUUCAACCUGUGGGGAAGCGUUCUCAGCACUAGUCAGAUCAAUGACGUCAUGAAUGAUGAUUCAAAUACGUUGGUGGGUGAUGUGUAUGCCUGGGAUCUAGACACUCUUGAUAUUAAAGGAACCGUAGAGGUCAAAUAUAUCGAUAUAUGCUCUGGUGGCGCUGUUAGAUGUGAUCCUCACUUCACAACGUUGGAUGGUCGCCAUUACAGUCAUCAAGGAAUAUGCUGGUACACUCUGGUAAAGGACUGCUCCAGUGUCAACCCAGACUUCGAAAUAACUGCUAAAUUCGAGCCUCGACAAAAUAGAAGCAACGAAGAAAUCAAAACCAGGGUCGUUGCUAUUAACAUAACUGCUGGCGAUGAAUAUGUUCGUGUGAAUGGACUUGACGUAGUUACAGGAAAUCUUAAUGGAUUGUUUUCCGGACUAACAAAGAUCGAUGUUUCUCAAGUACACGAAAAGGUGUUAGUGAGUUUCACAUUGAAGGAUACCGUCUUCAAAUUAGAUUGGACUUUGCGGAAACACGUCUUCAACGUUCAUAUUUUUGGUUCAGACUAUCGUGGUAAAUUCUGUGUGGACUUUUGGGCAAUUAUAACGACAAUAUCCAUGAUGAUUUCCAAGAAGCCUGAUGGUACUAUUGCGGAUAAUGCCAUUGAAUUUGGUGAAAGUUGGAAAAUACAAGACAUUGAGUAA